AGUCCGACGAAGCGAGUUGGUGGUUACUGAGGGCAGAUGGAGCUUCAAGUGGCGCUUAAUUUCCUGAUCUCCUUCCUCUAUAACAAACUCCCCAGACGUCGAGUGAACCAUUUCGGAGAAGAACUCGAAAAAGCUCUGCAAGUAAAAUUCCAGGGCCACUGGUAUCCUGACCAACCAUUCAAAGGCUCGGCUUACCGCUGCGUGAAAACGACACCACCUCUCGAUCCUGUUUUCGCCAUAGCAGCUCGCGAGUCGGGAGUAGAUAUCCGUGAUAUCGAGGAAAACCUCCCACAAGAGCUCUCCAUAUGGAUCGACCCCGGAGAGGUAUCUUAUCAGAUGAGCGAAAAAGGUCCAGUGAAGGUCCUCUAUAGCGAGUCCAACUGCAUAGAGGAACGCUCCGAUCGCGAAGUAAUUAAAACGUUCAAUCCUGAGGCGCAAUGCUUCAAACCGGUCGAUGCUCUAACCCAGCAGCUCAACGGUCUGCAAGUGGAAGAUUGCCUCAACUGCUCACCGACGCCGAAUCCGAACUGUGAGCGUUGCGAUCCAUCGUUCAGUUCUGGCUCGUCUCCCUCGUCGUCCUACAAGAGCGUUUCUCCUACGCCACCAAAUUUCCUGAACAAAUCGGCGCAACCUCUGACCUUCACGACGGCGAGCUUCGCGCAGACCAAGUUUGGAUCAACGAAGCUCAAAAGCAAUGCUAAGCGAAACAAUGGCACACGGAUGUCAUCGACCGAGUUCUCUAAUUACAUCAAACAACGCGCAAUUGCGCAACAGGCCGCCCAACAGCAAUUGUCCGUCAUGAGUCUCCGUGGCAAUAUCUCACCCAUGUUCGAGCGACCCAGAUCUCUCAGCCCUCACCCUUCCUCAUUCGCAGCCGAGCAGCCUAUGAUGUACACAGGGAACGUGGGGUCACUUUACCCGUCUAACUACCCGGCGGAUUUCGCGCGCUCCCCGACCCGGACAAGAUCGUACACCAUGCAAACCCGUGGAUCACCAAACCAUCUCUCAGUCUCGGUGCCACAUCCACUCGGCUCCUCACUGUUGUCGACGUCUGCGGGUAACGUAUCGUCGACGUCCCCGAGUCCACCGUCGUCGAACGGAGAUUACACCGAGUUCUCAAUCCCGUACUCAUCAACGGGAUCGCAUCAACUUCUCGUGGCCUCCAACUAGAUGGGGUCGGACCGGCAAUUCUCGUGGAGCCGAGGAAGAUCCGUAGCUGGAAAAUCGCUCCGUUCCCAGCUCGGAACACCACGGCUUCGUUCCUCAUCGGAUAUCCCUGCCAUUCAAAGGAAAUGGUUUUAUACUUUUAUAUAACGUCGACGAUGAGUUCGUAAGUUACGGCUCGGGCUCGUGAAACGGAAGAACUACGCUAUGAGUCGCACCAUUCGGAGCACAGUGAAGAUUUGAUUGAUUUAGUCGAGGUACGACUUUAAUUGCGGUUUUCGAAAUUCAGAACUCUUGCGGGGAACUCGCCUCGACGCAGCGUAUGUGAAUUUAAUGUACCACACUUUGCACUGAGUUUAUCACGGAAGGCCCAUCAAAGAGUGAUUCGGGCGGACAGAUUGAAUUUUCCAACCAUUUCUUUUUAAUCUCCAUCAACGCUGCCCUCGAAACUAGUGGACUGUGGCUGACCUCAGUCUCCCUGCUGGAGUGCGAAUCCAGCUACG